AUGGCUAAUUCACUCUUUACUUUUUUCCUUCUCACAUUCCUUUCACUCUUUGUUUCUGCUCAGGACGAUGCUAACCCCGGCGACGUGAACCCCGUGCCCCCCGUCGGCGAGAUCAAGACCGAAGACCCCAUCUCGAGUCCUCUCACCGAAGGAUGUCCUCAGCCCUGCAGCAUCGCGGGCAACGACCCUGCCAACUGGACGCAGCUUCACAGCCUGGAGGAACUCGCGGGGUGUUCUCUGCCCAUGCUGUUUGCGCUCAAUGUUGAGAAUGAUUAUAGCGAGAGCGCGACGCUGUAUACCUGCGUUACCGAGACGAGUUCUACACAGACCAAGAGGGAUGAGGUCACCAAGGUCCAGGCUAGAGCGGCCGAGAGCUCUGUUUCGCUGGCUAGUAACUGCGGUGCUGAGAAAGCUACCGUGAAGACUACUUCGGCUUUUGGAAGGGCUGUUCUCCGAUCUGGUAACAAUGUCGCUGCUGCCACUGGUCUUUUGGCCGAGUAUCUUGACAACGGGGCUACGUGCGGUACUACCAUUCUCUUCGCCAAGUCCGGCUCUUCCAUUGCUGGUGUUUAUAUUGGCGGUGAAGUUCAGAAGGAUAGUGCUUCCAACAUUCUUCGCCAAUCUGCUUCUCGUCUUCAGAAGGGUGUUCAGGCUUUCCAGGUCUGUAAUGCUAACGACAAGACUGCUCAGACUAUCGGUCUUUACGCAGCUGAUAACGUGAAUGGCCUUGAGGCUGUUCAGAACGCUGUGAGGACUUGGUCCCACGGUCAGUGUGUCAGCAUCGCUCAAGCUUCCAAGGAGUCUAUCAACCUUGGUGUUCUGACUACCACCACCACCGUCAAGGCUCGCGAUGUUGAGCUCCGCUCUCGUUUCGCAGGCGUUGAGUCCCUUCUCGCCCCCCGCGCUGAUUGCAAAGCUAUCCAAGUCGUUUCUGGUGAUUCUUGUGCCUCGCUCGCCAAGAAGUGCAAGGUCACUACCGCCAACUUCAACAAGUACAAUCCCGCCAAGAACUUCUGCUCUACCCUCGCUCCCAAGCAGUGGGUUUGCUGCUCUGCUGGUACUCUUCCCGAUAAGACACCCCAGCCCAGCAAGGAUGGUACAUGUUUCAUUUACAAGAUCAAGUCUGGCGAUGGGUGCUACUCCCUCGGCCAGAACUUCGGUAUCACUCAGAAGUUCAUUGAGGAUGUUAACAAGAACACCUGGGGCUUCGCAGGCUGCAACCGUCUUCAGCUCGGCCAGCCCAUCUGUCUUAGCAAAGGAAAGAACCCUAUGCCUUUGGCCAUCGCCGGUGCUGUCUGCGGUCCUCAAAAGCCUGGAUCCAAGAAGCCCUCUAGUGCCAAGACAGGCUGGGAUCUUGCCAACAUGAACCCCUGCCCUCUCAACGCCUGCUGCUCUGGCUAUGGUUUCUGCGGUAUCACUUCUGAGUUCUGUACCAACACUACCGCCAAGGGUGGUGCCCCUGGUACAAGCCAGCCCAACACUCCCGGCUGCAUUGGAAACUGCGGUACCAAGAUCGUCGGCAACACCAAGAAGCCCGCCAAGUUCCUCAACGUGGGUUACUUCCAGGGCUACAACCUCGGCCGACCCUGCUUGAACAUGGACGUUACCAAGCUUUCCGAAGUCACCACUCCUUACACUCACAUUCACUUUGCCUUUGCCGGUCUCAAGUCCGAUUUCUCCGUCCUUCUUCAACCCGAUGUUCGUGCGCAGUUCCUCAAGUUCAAGGAAGUCAAGGGCAGCUUCAAGAAGAUCAUCUCCUUCGGUGGCUGGGCUGGCUCAACCGAUGCGUCAACCUACCAGCUUUACCGUGAUGCUAUCAAGCCUGCGAACCGUGAUAAGUUUGCUUACAACAUCAUGACUGUUCUGAACAACCAUAAGCUCGAUGGUGUUGAUUUCGAUUGGGAGUAUCCUGGCUCCGCUGGCUCUGACGGUUCUUCUACCGAUACUGCCAACUACGUUGCGUUCCUUCAGGUUAUGAGGAACAAGAUUGGAAAGAGCGGCAAGACUAUCUCUGUUGCUCUUCCUGCUGCGUAUUGGUAUCUCAAGCCUUUCCCUGUUACCAAGAUUGCGCCUCUUGUCGAUUACAUGGUCUAUAUGACCUACGAUCUCCACGGUCAAUGGGAUUACGGCAACAAGUUCAUCAGCUCCGGCUGCCCCAAUGGCAACUGUCUCCGCUCCCACGUCAACAAGACCGAGACCCUCGACUCCCUCGCAAUGAUUACCAAAGCCGGCGUCGACCCCGCCAAGAUCGUCAUCGGUAUCUCCAGCUACGGCCGCAGCUUCCGCAUGAAAGACCCCAAGUGCACCGGCCCAACAUGCCAAUUCACCGGCAGCUUCAGUGUUUCCGAAGCCGAGCCUGGUGUCUGCACCGGCGAGGCUGGAUACCUCUCUGACGCGGAGAUUCGCCUCAUCGCGUACGAUGCUAAGCAGGGCAAGAAGGGCGUUACAGCAAAGACGUGGUACGAUAAGGACUCGGACUCGGAUAUCAUGACGUUUGGAACCAAGGGCAAGGGUAUGACCGAUUGGGUUGCUUACAUGGGACCUACGACGAAGCAGAAGCGUACUGAUUGGGCCAAGAGCUUGAAUUUUGGCGGUGUUGUUGACUGGGCUAUUGAUCUGGAGACUUGGUUCUCUCCUAAGCCUUAG